AGAGGCCAGUGCUUCGUUGGCUCAUGUCGUCGCUCAAGCAAGAAUAGGAACGUACUGUACGGACUAUAGCUAGCUAGCUCUUUGUGUGUGAUGAAGAUGAAUGAAUGGCUGAACAAGAGUUGUCGAAUCAGUGAAGCUCUCUGCACCGGACACUUUGCAUCGCACCCUCCGACAACAGCUCCUCAUCUCCCACCUCUUAUUAGCACACAUAUGGGGCUCUGGGCGAUAAAAGGAGCUAGCUAGCGCGCAUUUGCUAGCAUUGCCACACACUGACACACACCACCUUAUUACGACGAACGGUUGUUGACAUGCAAGAACGCCGCCAUCGCAGCAGCACCGCCGCCGCCAUGGGUGUCGUCCUACCGGCCGCCCUCGGCCUCCUCUUGCUUGCGCCGUGCAUCGCGCAGGCGGCGACGACGGUAGUGACGAUGGGCAUCGAGGAGGCGUGCCGUAAGGCGGCGAGCGCGCACGCGGGCGUGAGCUACGACCACUGCGUGUCGUCGCUGGCGUCGGACGCCCGGAGCCGCGACGCGGCGGACCUGCACAAGCUGGCGGUGCUGGCGGCGCGGAUGGCCGUGGAGCACGCGGCGGCGACGGAGGCCAAGAUCGAGGGCCUCGGCGAGGUGGAGGAGGCGCCGCACGCGCGCGCGCGCCUCAACCACUGCCUCGACCUCUACAGCGCCGCCGCGGACGUCCUGCGCGACGCACUCGACAACCUCAACGCCCACGUCUACGGCAUGGCGUCACAGCAGCUGGCCGCCGCGCUCGGCGCCGCCGAGAGCUGCGAGGACGUCUGGAAGGGCGAGGAGCGCGUCCCCGUCGCCGCACACGACAGGGAGUACGGACGCAUGGCCAUGGUCGCACUCGGGCUCACCACCGGCGCCAUGGCGUGAUGAUGCUUCGAUCGCAUUGCAACACUGACUGAUACCACGAGCGAGCGCAGCCAUGGACGACGCGGUGGCUGUCAUCAACUCAGCAUCAUAAGCAAAAUUAAGGCUCAUGCAUCUAUGUCCUUGUAGCCCUCUCUCUCACGUCCAUGAUCCCAUUUGUUUGUGUGCGUACCGUAGUACGUACGGUAGUGGUCCACUAGUCCUGAUGUGACUUUAGCUACUGAUUUUCUUCGCUCUUGUGUGGCUUUCUUUUUUAUUUUUCUUUAUUUAUUGUGAGUAGUAGUAAUACUUUUGGUUUUGAA